AAAAUCGGAUGGAUCCAAAAUCAACUGCUUUUCACAUUUAUAAGUAAACCCUGAUUAAAAAAAACAAUUAACCUAUUUCACAAGUGUAUAGUUACGAAUAAAAGGAUGUGAGUUUAUUAUGAUUAUCUCUUUUAGAAAAUUGGAUAAGGAGCCUAUGGCAGUGUUUAUAGAGCAGUUCAUAAAGUAAGUAAACAAGUGAGAGCAGUUAAAGUGAUUAACAAAUUGAAUAUUAAAUACAAAGAUAGAUUAUUGAGUGAAAUCACAAUUAUGGAGUUGUUGGUACUCAAUGUCUUUUAUUUUAGGAUCAUCCUAGCAUUUUAAGAUUGUUUGAAACCUUUGAGGAUGCAGAGUAUUUGUAUAUGGUUUUGGAGUAAAAAUAUCAAUUCAAUUACUUGAUAGAAUCUGUUAAGGAGGGGAUGUAUUUGAUAAAGUACUUGAAAAGGGUUGUCUCUCAGUGGAAGAUGCAUUUAAAGUGUAUAUAUAAUACAUGAGAGCGGUUAAUUAUUACUAAGGAUUCAAAAUAGUUCAUAGGUAUUAAUUUUAUAAUUUUUAGAGAUUUGAAACCUGAAAACUUUUUGUUCCAAAAGAAGAAUGAUAUGAAUUCAUUGAUAGUUAUUGAUUUUGGAAUUGCCAAAAGAGGGAUAGACAAAUUACAAACUAAAAGUGGAACAGUAAAAUCACCAAAUUUAACGAAUAGGCUUAUUAUGUUGCCCCUGAAGUACUGGAUGGAUAAUAUGAUCAUAAAUGUGAUGUCUGGUCUGCAGGAGUUGUCCUAUAUGUCAUUUUAUGUGGUUAUCCUCCAUUUUAUGGAGAGAAUGAAAAGGAAAUCUUAAUAGAAAUCAAAUCAGGAACAUUGCAAUUUGAAGGUUAUUAAAUUGUUAAUAAGUAGGCGAUGAGUGGUUAGGAAUCUCGUAAGAAAUUAAAGAUUUUAUAAAACAACAAGUAUGUCCAGCAUCUAAUAGAGCUAUCCCCAAAGAUUUGUUAAGUCAUAAAAUAAUAACCUAAUACAAUUAAAAGUUUCUGAAUGAUUUUAAAUUGAUUUCAAUGUAAAAUCUCAAUUAAUGGAUCAAAUAUCACCCAUUAAGAAGAUUGGCACUUUACUAUCUAUCAACAUAGAUUGAUUCAUGUGAUUUAGUCAAUUAAAAGAAUACUUUCUUCUUCAUCAAUUAAUCGUAAAGUGGAUUGAUAACGCAAUAGGAAUUGGCGACUUAUUUGAAAGUUAAUAAGUAGGAUAUUCAAAAAUUAUGGCCAUAUAUCGAUUGUAAUAGCAAUGGUUAUUUGGAUUAUUUUGAAUUUGUAGCAUUGACUUUGACACCAUAGGAUUAUCAAAAACAAUUACAAUUUAUGUUUGAUUUUCUAAGUUAAUCUGAGAAGGUGAUAACUCAAAAAAGUAUUAAAUUUAUUUUUGAUUAAAAUGCUAAUUUAAAUAAUAAGUGGGAUAGUAUUUCAAACACGAAAAACCAGUAUGCUUAAGUCAAUCAACAUGAAUAAUAAAUAAAUGUUAAAAACAUUAUUGAUAAAGAUAUCGAUUUUAACGCAUUCAAAACAAUAAUGGGAUGA